UUGAUCUUCAUGGUAUGAACGAUUUACAAGUGGACGUGUUGUGUAAUCUAUGUGAUAGCAGUUUAGUAGGUGAUGGGUUCGUACCACUGCUGAGACGUGUGGAUUUACGAGACGGUCCACGUUACGAGUUUAACACACUGUGGAAUAUACCAGUUGUAGUGACAGAGAGUUCAUAUGUCGAAAUACGUAUAAAAGCAGCAUCAGGCGUUCCGGUUUCAUUUAUCAAAGAGAGCACGAGUGUGACACUACUAUUACGACAUUAUCCGUUUUUAGAGUAAAUUACCAUGGAUCGAAAACUUUACGUUCCUGAUGUAAAUAAAUGGUUAAAGUAUUUUGAUAAACGUACAAAGAAUGUUGUGCAGUCAAAUAAGCAGGUUGGAUCUGGAGUUGGGAAUUACAAGCACAAGUGGUUUUCUUAUAUGAUUCCAAUGAUUCCGAGACAUGUAAACAGUGACGUGUACAACAAGAACAAACCUAAAAUAGAAGUGACGUCACAAACACAAGAUGUGGUAGAAAGGGCCGAAGCUGAACAGGAACGUACCAGGGCAAUAAAACAUAAAUCUGGUGAUCGAAUUGUCAGAAGCAAAAAAGUCAGACGCAUGACAGUACAGAAAAAACGAGCUCCCGCAUCGAAGUACAAAUCAGCUGUUAGUGAAAAAGAUAUAUUUGUAUAAACGUAAACAACAACAAACAAUAUGUCACUCCUUACAGACAAAGACUUUGUGGAAGGUUUACCCAGUGCUUUGGAUCUGUUUACUAUGCCCCCAUACCAAACGAGUGUGUUUCAACAUUACUACGUAGAUGUUAGACCUGUUAGUCAAAUUACAGAUUCGUCACCAGUAGAAUUUCAAAUUGCAAAUAGUGGAAGUGACUACGUGGAUUUGAAAAGAAGUCGUUUACAUGUUAAACUGAAAGUGAGUCAUUCCGAUGGAACGGUUUUGGGUAAGGACGAACACGUGGUACCAGUAAAUUUAUUCAUGCAAGCUCUGUGGUCGCAAGUCGCUGUGUAUUUACAAGGCCAGCUGGUGAGUUCGGCGAACAAUCAUUAUCCCUACAAAGCGUACAUUCAAACCUUACUGAAUUAUGGAGCAGAAGCUAAACAAUCGCAACUCCAGUCUCAACUGUUUUACAAGGACGUCGGAGAGACACAAGCAGAUAUUGAAAGCACCGAUCCUAUCACUGGCACUAAUUCUGGAGUAUCGGAUCGAGGAGCACACAUCGCUGACAGCAAAACUGUUACCAUGGAAGGGCCCCUGUGUGAAGAUAUUUUUAACAUGGGCAGAUAUAUGGUGAAUGGGGUUGAUAUGACAGUUAAGUUAUUUCGGAGCUCCAUACCCUUUUGUUUGAUGUCUGGGAAGUCCGGUCAGGAGUACAAGAUCGAACUCUUAGAUAUUUACUUCAAGAUAUGUAAACUGAAAAUGAACAGCGCACUUAUUUUAACACACAACAAGCUGUUUGAAAAGUCUAACGCUUUGUACCCAUUCGCUAAAACCGAAGUUAAAAUGAGUAGUAUUCCGGCCUCUCAACAGAGUUACGUGUGGGACAGUGUGUACCAGUCGCAGUGUCCAAACAGGCUAAUUGUUGGUUUUGUCGACGGUGACGGAGUGAGUGGAUCAUACACAAAGAACCCGUUUAACUUCCAGAGUUCAUUCGUGAAAACGGUGGGCUUAUAUUUGGAUGGUGUCAGUGUGCCCGGUCGACCAGUCGAAGCAGAUGACGUCAGUGCCUACGUGAAUUUGUUCGAAGAUGUUAAUAGCUGGAAUCUGGAUUGUGGAAAUUAUAUUGAAAGAACUGAAUUUUCUUUGGGAAAUGGUCUGUUUGUAUUCAACCUUGAACCCGUUAUUAAAAAACGGUAACUUAAGGUUAGAAGUGCAGUUUAAAUCUGCAUUAACAAAUACAGUGAGUUGCAUAGUGUAUGGUGAAUUUCCCAGUUUAAUUGAAAUCGAUCAGACCAGGAACGUGUUUGUCAAAUAGAUCAUGAAUGGCAAACAGAUUCAGUGUGCGAUCGACUGUGACACAGAUUUACGUUCGCGCAUUGUAGGUGUUUACUCGAGCGAUACACUACCACGAGUAAGCCAACGUGGAAGGUGGGGAUGUAUUGUAAACACAGACCCAUCUCACCUACCUGGUCAUCACUGGGUUUCGUUUUAUUUUGAUAAUAAUAAAGCAGAGUUUUUCGACAGUCUUGGUAAAUCACCUGCAUAUUAUAACACAAACUUUGUAACAUUUCUGGAAAAACAUUGUACAUCUUAUGUUUACAGUAGCAAACCAAUUCAAAACGCGAAAGCUAUUACGUGUGCAUUUUAUUGUCUGUUUUACUUGUUACAAAAAUGUAAAACUGAACUGAUAAUGAACGAUAUUGUGAAUCAUUUCGGUAACAACAAAUUACAGAAUGAUGUAUUUGUAUCCAAUUUUAUAUGUAAAUAUUUCAGAUAUUGUACCCAAUCAUGUAUUCCAUGUAAACGCUAAUACGUUGUAUUUUAAUUAAACAUAUAAAUAAAUAAAUUUAUUAUGACAGUAAACGAUUGUUUGUUUUAUAUAUACAAAUCUAUAAUAGUUUAGUAGAUAGUAUUACUAAGGGAGUUAACUCUGUUGGUUUUUGAAAAGCGAGAUCCUGUCAGGUUAAAAGUUUCAAUUUGUUAUUAACUGUGAAAAUGUUUGCUUGUAUUGUUUUGGCGUUCGUAAUGUUGGAAGCGAGUUCGAGUUCGAGUUCACUUGUGGAUAAGUGCACUGGGUUUCCAGUACUGAGAUGUAGAGAAAGUAACGCUGUUUUGUCACACGUUAGUGGAGGGAGCUUCACCAAAGUGCGAGUAAUCCAACUAAAAAGUGGUUCGCUCAAAAUAAGAUCAUCAUUAUUUCCCAAUUUGGUUAGAAUAACAGGAGGAUCUGCAUCCUGCAAGUCCGUUUUAUUCGACGAGAACACCCAGCGAGAUAUUUUGAUAAAUGGACAAGAAUGCACAUUCCAGAGCCAGAGCCAGAGCCAGAGCCAUAGCCAAAUAACAGUCAAAGCAAACCAGUUACCCUCACAGAAGCCAGUCACCCAGAUUGUUGCGAAAGGUACCACAUAUUCUAUGUUGUAUUUUAUUUUAUUUUUUAUUUAUUUUUUAAUGAAAUAAAUGUUGUUAAUUCCUAAUUUAUUACAAAUAAUAUUGUUAAUUUGUUAUUUAUUUUAAAAUAAUACCAUUUGUUUAUCAAAUAGUUAACAAUGUGUUCUUUAAAAAUAGCCCUAACUUAAUUAUUUGUUCAUCUAACUUGUUGAUUUAUUUGUUCAUCUAACUUGUUGAUUUUAUUUGUUCAUCUAACUUGUUGAUUUUAUUCGUUCGUCUAACUUGUUGAUUUUAUUUGUUCGUCUAACUUGUUGAUUUUAUUUAUUCAUCUAACUUGUUGAUUUUAUUUGUUCAUUUAACUUGUUGAUUUUAUUUGUUAAUCUAACUUGAAUGUGUAUUUGAACUAAUUUUAACUAUUUGGUUUUCAGAAUUUAUGACUUCAUAUAGCAUUUCUUCUUUUUCUUCUUCUUCUGAAGCUGAAACCUCUUGCAACAGGAUUACAUGUAUCGUUCCCAUAGUAAUUUGUUUAAUUUUAAUUAUACUUUUGUUUAGUAGUUUAAUUUAUUGCUGUAAAAAUCAUAAAUUAUGUUUUAAAAAACCCAAAACAAACCAUGUUCAAAAUAAAAUUUAUUUAAGUUGUGAAAGUUCUAUAUAGUAAGAACUAUAUCAUUUGUUAAGUGUAUUUGUACAAACACACAUUACUAUAGAUGUAUUCAAAUAUUUAUGAAGUAAAUUAAUAUUUAUUAUUAUUAUUUUUCAGGAGCUGAAUGGUUCAAAAUAGUUGUUGUUGUUAGUCUUUGUGUGAUUGUAGUUGUUGUUGUUUCCACCAUUAUUAUAUUGCUGACAUUUUACUGUAGCAUGUUUUUUCGUUUGAGACAGGUUUUGAGACGCGGUGUUCCUCCUCCCUCUUUUCAUGCUGUUCCCAAGUCUCCCACUCCUUCACCCCCUCCUUCUCCUGAGACUCUACCCAAAAGAGUUGUUACAACCCCUGUUGACACAGUUCCUCUUUCACUGUCACUCACCCCAUCACCAGUUUUCGAUCAAUCACCCUCGGUUCCUCUCUCACUGACACUCAGCCCCACACCAGUUGCCGCCACAUCUCUCUCACUGCCACUCACACCAGUUUCUGUUUCAUCUCCCUUGAUUCCUCUCUCACUACCACUCACCCCCACACCAGUUUCCGCUACAUCUCCCUCGGUUCCUCUCUCACUGCCACUCACCCCCACACCAGUUUUCCGCUUCAUCUCCCUCGGUUCCUCUCUCACUGCCACUCAUCCCCACACCAGUUUCUGUUUCAUUUCCCUCGGUUCCUCUCUCACUGCCACUCAUCCCCACACCAGUUUCUGUUUCAUUUCCCUCGGUUCCUCUCUCACUGCCACUCACCCCCACACCAGUUUCUGUUUCAUCUCCAUUGGUUCCUCUCUCACUGACACUCACAAACCCCACUCCAACUACAAGCACUUCUAUUUCCCUUCCAGAUUCACCUUCUGUCCCUCUUUUACGUACCCCACCUAUUCCUUUCUUUGUAGAACUUAACACUUCACUCACUUGGACACCUACUUAAACUCCUGUUUCUACGCCUGUUGACACAAUCUCUACCACAAAUCCGUUUCUUUUCUCUACCAUACCUUCUGAUGAAUCCUCUGUUGAGGAAAUGGAACUGUUUUCAAUUUAACACUGAUAGUAUUCCACAACUCCUCUUUCACAUCCAUUCCUCUUUCUAACCUCCUUCUGACCUCUUUUAUGUUUUAUUUACUAUUUGAUUCUUGUUUAAAGUGCCUGGUCACAUAGAGUUACUUUUGUAACUACUACCUGAAACAUUCUUCAUAUUGUUGUAAUUUUUUUUUUUUUUUGGAUACUUCUUUAUCAUAGAUGUAGCUAGUUAUUUUUUAAAAUUCUUAUCAUAGUAUUGUAGAUUAUUUUCACAUUUAUCUAUCAUAGUAGUGUAGCUUAUUUACAAAUUAAUGCUGAUUAUAUGUAAGAAUUUCAUGUUUUAUUUAUACAAUUAUUGUUAAUCAAAGUGUUAAUGAUGAUCUGUUUUUUCAUGUAAGAAUUUACAGUAUGAUAAUACAAAUUAAUGUUAACCAGGAGAGCAGUCAAUGUUAGAACAUUUUAACUUUAUUAAUAUUUAAUUGCUAAAAUUUAAAAUAAGUUAUAUCUUUUAAAUUUGUUAUAAGUUUACAUUUCAUUUAAUUUUAAAACAUAAUUUAGCAAAGUGGCUGCUCACCUAGAGUUAGUGUUGUAACUGCUGCUACCUCAAACAUUGUUGAUAUUGUUGUGAGUUUAUUUUUGAUACUUCUUUAUCAUAGAUGUAACUAGUUAUUUUUUAAAAUUCUUAUCAUAGUAUUGUAGAUUAUUUUCACAUUUUUCUAUCAUAGUAUUGUACCUUAUUUACAAAUUAAUGCUGAUUAUAUGUAAGAAUUUCAUGUUUUAUUUAUACAAUUAUUGUUGAUCAAAGUGUGAAUGAUGAUCUGUUUUUUCAUGUAAGAAUUACAGUAUGAUGAUGAAAAAAAUUAAUGUUAUUCAGGAGAGUAUACAAUGUUAGAACUACUACUACUACUACUACUACUACUACUACUACUAAUCAAACAUUGUUGGUAUUGUUGUCAGUUUAUACAACCAGGAGUAGUUCUGGGAGAGAUGUUAAUUUUAAAAAAACGAAACAAACAAUAAUAAAUUGGAAAGUUUAAUUUAUAAUUUAAACAAUUCUUAAAGUUAUUUAAUUGACUAAAUAAGUUUAUUGUAAACAUGUUUUCAAUUUUAAUAUUUAAAGAUAAUUUGUCAGAUUGUUUGCUUAUCCACAGUUAGUCCUGGUUAUAGCACUUUAUACUUCAAUAAACACUGUAAGAAGUA